GGAGAGAGGAGAGGGGAGAGGGAGAGAGGGAGAGAGGAGAGGAUCGUGGAGCCGGUGGGACAGGGGCGGCGGCGAUGUGAUCGGGGAGAGACAGUGAGCGGAGUUCUGCCCCCACUCUCCCCACCUGUAUCUGCCCCCAUUAAACGGCAGCAUUUCCCUUCAAUGCAGCGCUGCCUUGUCGCCUGGGAGCCGCUGAGCUGAGCUGAUCCAUUCUGCGGGUCGGGUCGGCACCCGAUGCCUCUGCUCCCCCCUCGUGUGACGGCGCUUUGGGUCGUGAGUUUGUGUGGAGCCCCCCGCCCGCCGCCGCGCCGACCAUGACAGCGUGGACCGUGGCCAUCCUCGCCACCGUGCUGGGGCUACACUGGCCCGUCACCGCCAAGAAAAACUCCAGGAUCAUCAGUCAGCACACCGAGCCCUUCAACACCACGCUGAGCAACAGUGAGGAGGGGCCUUUCCUCCAGACACCCUCACCCAGGCCAGCCGCGGGUGGAAGAGCAGGACACGGACAACCUCACGACUUCCGUCGCCAGUGCCAGUCCUUGGCCAGCCAACAGGUGGCGCCCUCGCUGCAGGGUGAGACCAUCCAUCUGCUGGAGAGUCGGGAACAUCGGCCUGUGGAUCCGCAUUCUUCCUGGAUUAAAUUUGUGCAACUGGAUGGAGCCAAGAAAAGCAAGAAGUGCCGGUCAAACCGCAAGAAAGUAUUGCCCAGCCUGUCGGGCCCCCCCGGCCCAGCGGGACCCCCGGGGCCACCCGGACCCCCGGGAGCCGAGGUGACGACGGAGCUUCUGCUGCGUGAAUUUAAAGCAAUGGUACGAGAAGCAACAGAGAGACGAGCGGAAGUUCCCGGCGAAGUGCGCACGCCGCCCUCUCUCUCGGAUGCCGACGUCCAUCCUUACAGACGGGUCGACGAGGCGUUCCACUGCAAGCUGAGAGGGGUGGUCACAGUGGACAAAAGGACUCUGCGGGAACUGCAGAACUUCCAGGCGCCACUUGCCAAGGGGGCAUUCCUGAGAGGAUCUGGGAUGGAUCUGGCAACCGGGCGUUUUACCGCCCCAGUGACGGGCAUCUACCAGUUUUCUGCCAACAUCCAUAUUGAUCACAGUGAGAUGAAGAGCAAAGGACCGCUGCGGCCCAGAGAUAAUGUGCGCGUUCUCAUCUGCAUCGAGUCGCUCUGCCAGCGGAACACGUCGCUUGAGGUCAUCGCUGGUCUGGAGAGCAACAGCAAGAUAUUCACUGUCUAUGUGCAUGGGCUACUUCAGCUACAGGCUGAUCAAUACACCUCCAUAUUUGUGGACAACAGUGCUGGUGCAUCAGUGUCUAUCCAGAGUGGCUCGGAUUUCAUGGGUUUACUGGUUGGUGUGUAGCACGAUGUAUCCCGCUAACAAACCAUAUUGCCAGCUUAAGAAGAGGGAAAAAAUUUGCGAAGGUAGAAUUCCAUAACAGCUGAGGUGAAAUAAGACUGGUGGGAUCUUGGCAUCAGAAGUCGUAUCCUUGCCAACAAAUUUUCAUCGGUUCUUAACUGAUCUGUAUUUCAUUCGAAGUGUUUGACUUCAAAACUAAAGACAAUGCCAGGCUGGAAGAUAAAGUCUUCAACAUUGGACUGGUACAUUCCGCAGCGAGUGUAUCAAACUUCCAUCAAGACAACACUACGGAAAGGCUGGUUUUAGACAUUGCUCGGAACAAGAUGAAACAAAUGUUUUGAUUAAAUAUCGGCACAUUAGAGCCAGGUUAGUGUGGUCUCAGUGGUGUGAGCCGCCUUUCAGCUUUAAACACGGAGCUCCCUGCCAACUUUCAGAUGUCUUCAGUGGACACUCGACUCAGGAGGAAUGUCAGUCGGACUGUCAAACUGAAUGAUGUGCUGAGGAAUCGAAAUGAUGGAUAUUUCUUCUAGUGUGCCCAGAAAAAAAAAACGUACACUAUAUCCCGGCGUGCAAAAACGAGGUACUCUCAUUUCUGGAGGCAUGUCGCAGUUUUCAAAGGAAGUAUCUAGGUUAACUACAAAUUCUGAUAUAUUAGAAAUAAUUUUAAGAUAUGCAACCUUAUAUAUCAACUUACUUCCAGGAUUUGUAAGUGGAGUUUCGAGCGAGUUCUGACCCCCAACAAAAGCUUUUUGCUGAAUCUGAAGAAGGGUCUCGACCCGAAAUCCUUCUAUCCAGAGAUGCUGCCUGUCCCGCUGAGUUACUUCAGCAAUUUUGUGUCUAAAAGGCUUUUCGUUGUAACCUCUGUACACAUGACCAUAAACUCAACCGAACACGAUCGGG